AUUCAAACUCGCUCUCCGUUCAGAGAUAGGGGGCAGAAAAAAGCCAAACCCAUCUCCGGGGCCUCGAGUGGCGCCCCCCCCCUAUUCAGCCACGCCCUACGGUCUCCGCUCUCCCCUAGACGAGAAAUCUGGGACCGACAGUAGAACCAAGUGUCGAACGUGUCCCUUCCGAGCUACUCCCUCCCGCAAACCCAGAUCAACACAACACAGCCCAUACCGGCGACGAACUCUUUCUACCACCAUUUUCUCUAUCUUACGCUCGUUGAUCUCUCCAUCAUCUUCAUCUCCUUUGGGUAACGGGCAGUUCCUGAAUCCCCCCCCCCGUUCAUCUCUUUCUGCCGUUCAGCCUCGAGGCCCUCUCUCCUGACUAGCCUGUGGGGUCAAGACGCCCUCGAUACUUUCAGCAACCUUUCUGCACAUCGUCGAUCGUUACAUUCUCCAAGAUGAAGGCUCUUAUUCUCGUCGGUGGCUUCGGCACCCGUCUACGGCCUCUCACUCUCACCCUCCCCAAGCCAUUGGUCGAAUUCGGCAACAAACGAAUGAUCCUCCACCAGGUCGAGGCUCUGGCCGCGGCCGGAGUGACAGAUAUUGUGCUAGCUGUCAACUACCGUCCAGAGAUUAUGGAGAAGUAUCUGGCUGAAUAUGAAGAAAGAUAUAACGUCAAGAUUACCUUCUCCAUCGAGUCGGAACCCCUGGGUACUGCCGGCCCCCUCAAGCUCGCAGAGGCUAUCCUCGGAAAGGAUGACAGCCCAUUCUUCGUCCUGAACUCAGAUGUCAUCUGCGAAUACCCCUUUGCGGAUCUUGCCGCCUUCCACAAGAAGCACGGCGACGAAGGCACCAUCGUAGUGACCAAGGUCGAAGAACCUUCGAAAUACGGUGUCGUUGUCCACAAGCCCAACCACCCAUCGCGCAUCGACCGCUUCGUCGAAAAGCCCGUUGAGUUCGUGGGAAACCGCAUCAACGCCGGUAUAUAUAUUCUGAACCCCUCAGUGCUCAAGCGCAUUGAGUUGCGCCCUACCUCUAUCGAGCAAGAGACCUUCCCUGCGAUUUGCGCAGAUGGGCAAUUGCACUCAUAUGAUUUGGAAGGCUUCUGGAUGGACGUAGGACAGCCCAAGGAUUUCCUCACCGGGACGUGUCUCUACCUCUCCUCUCUCACAAAGAAGGGCUCCAAGCAACUGACCCCCCCAACUACGCCUUACGUCCACGGCGGCAACGUCUUGAUUGACCCGUCCGCCAAGAUCGGCAAGAACUGCCGUAUCGGCCCCAACGUCACCAUUGGCCCCGAUGUCGUUGUCGGUGACGGCGUGCGCCUCCAACGCUGCGUGCUCCUCGCGGGCUCCAAGGUCAAGGACCACGCCUGGGUCAAGAGCACGAUCGUCGGCUGGAACUCUACAGUGGGGAAAUGGGCGCGGUUAGAGAACGUCAGCGUCCUGGGUGACGAUGUUACGAUCGGGGAUGAGAUUUACGUCAACGGGGGGAGCAUCCUCCCUCACAAGAGCAUCAAGGCCAAUGUCGACGUGCCGGCCAUCAUCAUGUAA